CCCCGAGCCUUACCGUCUGCAUCAUCACCAUGCCAUCUAUAUGCAGAAUAAUAUUGCCCUACGAACUCUUCGGACUGCCCAACAUUAAAGCUUCGCCUACAACACAUCGGCUCAAUCUGCAAUACGUAUUAAGUUUAACUCUUCAUUGGUGUGACCAUGGCACCAUCUAAACCAUCUAAACCAUCAAGUUCUGUCACCUACAAUAUCCGAUCCAUCACCAAAAACUGGACAAUUCAUCGCGUCCAUGAAUGUUUGCCUAGAGCACUAUGGCCCAACAAGCAAUUCGAGGCAACGCAAUGGGAUAUUGGCAUUCUUACGCUCCUAAGUCAGAUAUCUGCCAUACCGAAUGCCACCAUCCAGGACUUUCGAGCAAAGGCAAGGCGUGCAAUCAAAGCACGACAAGAGCGAAAUGGGACAGCAGCUGGAAAGGUGGGGUGGGUAAAAGUGACAGACCUCAAGGCAGUUUUGAAAGAGUAUGAAAAAGAGAUUGCAGAAGCAGAUGCGGCAAAAAACGCUCAAGAAGAAGCCGAGCCAUUAGGUAAUACUCAAACAGAAGUCAUAGAAUUGCCUAAAACACCUGUCGCACCUGUUGUAGACUCGGAAGAAGAAGAGGAAGAACAAGGCUCUUCUGAACCUCUUCCAGGCGGGAAAUAUCAGUAUCUCACUCAUGUUCGCCCCCUAAAAGUCGAUUUGAAUCCUUCGGCAUCUCCGCCAAAGAAGCCAGUUCAACCAAAAGCUACCCGAGGCAAGAAGCGCCAAGUGGAAGAAGAAGCUACGCUCGAUCCCUCCACCAUGGAGAGACCAAGUGUAGUACAACAAGAUCCCGAUCCCCGGGCACCGGAUGACACCGGUUUUCUCUCUGACUUGGAGCCUGAGAAUACGAAGCAAAAAGAGUGGAAGAAAAAGAGACUCUCUAGGCUUGAGCAGUAUCCUGUCCGUAUACCGCACUGGCAGCGCAAUUUGGAUGAUGUUGCGGCCGGUCCUUUGCUUUUAUCGAAUGGUACUGGAGUAGCCAGUGGAGCUGUACACGAGGGUACACUUGUGAAUGGGAGAGAUAAGGAUGAAGAUAUCGAGAUGAAGCUAGAUAAUUUGCCUAGCAUACCAAUUAAUGCGACAGUCAAAGAAAGAAAGGAGUUGGAGGAGUUGAGGCUUCGGAUGGAACAGCGCAUAUGGAGGAUCAAGGUGCUUCGAAUAAAGGAAAGGGAAGGCCGCAGCAACGAGAUUAUCGGACGGGGCGAAGUUGUAGAUGGUGACGUCAGCCAGGGAGAAGAAGGGGAUGCAGAAGAUGAAAAUGAUGAUUCAGAAGAACAUGACGAAAAUGACACUCUUGGUGAAGGCAGAGUGUUGCGAAGCAGAAAAGCGAAGUAGACGUAUAAUUCACUGACGCUAAAUACACCAGUAAAACAUCAUUCAAAGUUAUUGCGGUGCUUCGUCAUAUCAGUGACCUAUGUCUCACUAACUGAAAUUCCAUUCAUCAAGUCAUCGAGAUUGAGAAUGUGAUCUGCCAGAGUGCAUUGUAGCAGAUGAAGUAUGCCAGGGACAAG